AGGUAUACAAGUAUAAACUAUGGGUAAAGCAGUCUUACUACUAUUUCUCGUGGUGCAAUGCUACGCUCUAAGCGAGCAGGGAUUUAUCGGAAGAGCCGCAAACCAUUUUCUGGGAUUGUUCAACCGCUUUUUCCAACGUGGGCAAAAUGCAGGUGGCAAUAUCCAGCCUCUCGUUGACAAAAUGCUUGAAGCCGAUAUCUAUAAGGCUGGACCUAAAGACUACAAGAUCAAUUACGGUAACCCAGUGUCCGGGACAACGGACCAGAGUACGAAUGAUCUAUUCUACGACGUGAAUGAAUCCAUCUUCCAACAGCCAGUCUAUGAUGUUUUGGUAAAACUAGUCAAAAAUGGAGUGUUCUACAACGAUGUCUGUGAACAAGAGAAACCGAUGACCGGUAUUCGAAAGGCACAUGUCCAGCUACUGCUCGACACCUGGACAGACACAAAAGUUUUCAGAUUAGCUUAUGAUUACAUGCACGCUAAGAAUGAGCCACAUUCGACCUCAUUUGAGAAGCUGAAAGAGUUCCUUUUCAACUUUUGGUUUGGAACAUAUUCUCGUUGCAGAGGAACAAUGGGGAGCUCUGGAUUUGAGCAUGUCUUCACUGGAGAAUGGAAACAGGGUACUGUUGGAGGGCAUCACAAUUGGGUUACCUAUUAUCUAGCACAGAAGGCGGGAAAGAUCAACUAUUACGGAUAUUACACAAAAAGAGGGAUCACCACGGGAACCUUCCAAUACAAAUGGCAAUCCUAUAUGAAGGAGAAGGGCGGCAUGCUGUUUGGAACCUCCCCAGCUUUCGACUUCUCUCUGUUUACCGUCUGCACGUUGUUGCACCGAGGAGCAAAUACAUGUAAAUUCAGCAUCAAUGGCAUACCUUUGGCAGUCACCUCAUACACGCAAAGAUGCGACAAUGGAAAGCUGUGCCUUGCAACCGCAUAUCCCACAAAUUAAUUUCUUAAAAUCCUAUUUCAAUUAUAAUUUUGGGGUUUGGCUCACAUGUCAUAAAUCUGGUAUGUAUAUUCAAGUAAAUUUUGC